UUCGGCACAUAUUGAUAUUUAUUCAGCCCUUAUAGUAAAUGUGAUGAACUAUUCGUUUCUACUACGUUAGGCAAAAUUCAUUUCAUUGUGUGAAAAAGACGUUUAUUAAUCGUUUUGAAAUAUGGCAACUUACAAAGGAGCUGCCUCUGAAGCGGGCAGAGCAAUAAACCUCAUAAAGAAGAGACAGAAGGAGCAAGAAGAGAUAGAAGCAAAGAAGAAAAAGAUUGAAGAAGAGUUGAAGAUUGGGGCUAUCAGUAAUAAGUUUGCUGCUCACUACGAUGCCAUUGAACAGACCCUCAAGUCCAACACAAUUGGCUUGGUUACACUGACAGAGAUGCGAGCAAAACAGGAGAGUGUUGUAAAGGAGAGAGAGAAGCAACUGGCAAAAAAGAAUGCAGAAGCAAGACUCAUGGAACAACAGAAGGAAGACAAAAAAAGAAAAGAACAGAGAAAAAUUACGAUGCUGUCAUUUGACCUGGAAGAAGAUGUCGAGGAUAGUGAAGAAGAUGAUGAUGAUGACGAUGACAUCAACACGGAAGUGAAGGAGACUACUGGAGAGAAAAAAGAACUUGUGAUAGAAGAGAGUGCCACACAGAACAGUAAACUGACAGAAGGAUCUGACAGUAAACAGACAGAAGGAUCUGACAGUAAACCGACAGAAGGAUCUGACAGUAUACCGACAGAAGGAUCUGACACUAAACCAACAGAAGGAUCCGACGAGAAACUGUCCAGUGAUGAAGAGGAAGACUGGAGAAUACAACUAGCCAACAGACUACAGAAAAAGAAAAAAAGAUUUGGUAUGAACCCUGAGGUGGACACAAGUUUUUUGCCAGACAGAGAUCGUGAUGAAGAAGAGAAUCGUUUGAGGGAACGUAUUCAGAUGGAGUGGGAGUCUCGACAAGCCAGUAUUAAAAACGAAGAGAUUGAAAUCACAUACAGCUACUGGGAUGGGUCUGGCCACCGGCGACAGGCUCGCAUGAAGAAGGGCAACAGUAUCCAGCAGUUCCUGCACAAGUGUUUAGAGGCACUCAGACGAGAGUUCAAUGAUCUCAAAUCUGUGACCGUCGACCAGCUGAUGUACGUCAAGGAAGAUCUCAUUAUUCCUCACCACUACUUGUUUUACGACUUCAUUGUCACGAAGGCCAGAGGGAAAAGUGGGCCACUGUUUAACUUUGAUGCCCAUGAAGACAUUCGUGUUGUCAGUGACGCUCGGAUUGAGAAGGACGAAAGCCAUGCUGGUAAAGUGUGCUUGCGAAGCUGGUACGAGAGAAACAAACAUAUUUUCCCUGCCAGUCGCUGGGAGCCAUACGAUCCCGAAAAGAAAUGGGACAAUUAUUCCAUAUCGGAUAAAAACGCAGCUAAAAUUACUGUAAAGUAACUGUCAAAAUAAAAUAUGUACAAAUAUU